GGGAAAUGCCGGGCUGGCUUGGAUUCCGUUCUCCGUCCACCCCGCGGUAGCGUCGGGCAGGCGGCAGAAUUCUCCAGGCAUAGUGCAGUUCUCGUGACGGCGGCGGCCGUGGUCGGCAGAGGUGCAGGCUCCGGACCGCCCGGCCCGGGCCUCGGGGGCCAGGGAGGGCCCCCCGGAACUCAGGCAAGUGACUACUCUUCUCUAAGACAAAAGCCUUGAAAGAGGACUGUGUUGACUAUUGGAAAUUGCAAAGUCAUGUUGCAGGUGACAUUUAGUGAUGUGGCCAUAGACUUCUCUCAUGAAGAGUGGGGAUGGCUUGAUUCUGCUCAGAGGGAUUUAUACAAGGAUGUGAUGGUCCAGAAUUACGAGAACCUGGUUUCUCUAGCAGGUCUUUCCAUACCUAAGCCAUAUGUGAUCAGUUUAUUGGAGGAUGGGAAAGAACCUUGGAUGGUGGAGAAAAAACUGUCAGAAGAUUGGGAAUCAAGAUGGGAAAACAAGGAAUUAUUAAUGAAGGAGAAUAUUUAUGAUGAAGAUUCACCCCAAGCGGUAAUAAUAGAAAAAAUUACAAAACCGAGUCAUGAAUUUUCAAAUUUUAACAAGGACUGGGAAUUUAUAGAGGAGUUUGAGGGAAAGCCUGAAAAUCAGGUAGAACAUUUCAGACCUGUGACCCUCACCUUUAGAGAAAGUCCCACUGGGGAAGGUGUUUACAAAUUUAGAAGCAUCCUCCAUUUAAAGUCUAUUCUUUCUGAACCACAGAGAAUUUCUGCUGACGGGAAAUCACAUAAACACGAUAUAUUUAAGAAGAGCUUACCAAAAAGGUCUGUGAUAAAAAAUGACUGUAUCGAUGGUGGAAAGAAACUUUUGAAUUCUAAAGAAAGUGUGGCAGCCUUCAGCCAGAGCAAAUCUCUUACCCUUAACCAUUCUUAUGAUAGAGAGAAAGUGUAUACAUGCAAUGAAUGUGGGAAAGCCUUUGGCAAGCAAUCAAUCCUUAAUCGCCAUUGGAGAAUUCAUACAGGAGAGAAACCGUAUGAAUGUCAUGAAUGUGGGAAGACAUUUAGCCAUGGCUCAUCCCUAACUCGACAUCAGAUAAGUCACAGUGGAGAGAAACCUUACAAAUGUAUUGAAUGUGGGAAGGCUUUUAGCCAUGUGUCAUCACUUACUAAUCACCAGAGUACUCACACUGGAGAGAAACCGUAUGAAUGUAUGAACUGUGGAAAGUCAUUCAGUCGUGUAUCACAUCUCAUUGAACAUCUGAGAAUUCAUACUCAAGAAAAACUCUAUGAGUGUCGAAUGUGUGAGAAGGCCUUCAUUCAUAGGUCCUCUCUCAUUCACCAUCAGAAAAUUCACACUGGAGAGAAACCUUACGAAUGUAGUGAAUGUGGAAAAGCCUUUUGCUGUAGCUCACAUCUUACUCGACAUCAAAGGAUUCACACUGUAGAGAAACAGUUUGAAUGCAACAAAUGUCUGAAGGUCUUUAGCAGCUUAUCAUUUCUUAUUCAGCAUCAGAGUAUUCAUAAUGAAGAGAAGCCCUUUGAAUGUCAGAAAUGCAGGAAAUCCUUCAACCAGCCAGAGUCACUGAACAUGCAUGUAAGAAAUCACACUAGAUUGAAACCUUAUGAAUGCAGUAUAUGUGGGAAAGCAUUCAGUCAUAGGUCAUCCUUGCUUCAGCAUCACAGAAUUCAUACUGGAGAGAAGCCCUAUGAAUGUAUUAAAUGUGGGAAGACCUUCAGCUGUAGUUCAAACCUUACUGUACAUCAGAGAAUUCAUACUGGAGAAAAGCCAUAUAAAUGUAGUGAGUGUGGGAAAGCUUUUAGCAAAGGCUCAAAUCUUACUGCCCAUCAGAGAAUACAUAAUGGAGAGAAACCCAAGUGCAAUAAAUGUGGAAAAGCCUUUAGGCCAUAUGAAUCAUUCUACAUAACCAACCCGAGCACCCCGCCCCUCGCUCCGCCCCCACACUCCCGCCCUCCCCACAAUUACUGCCCCUCUCGAAAGACUCACCUCAGUGACGUCACCUCGUCCCACCCCCCCAGCACUACCCCCAGCUCCACCACCCCGCGCACCGCCCCGCCGCCACACCCAAGCCCCUCCUCUAGCACUACCCCUCCCAGCACCACCCCCUCGCACAGCCCCCCUUGCCACCCCCAAGCACCGCCCCCGCCCCACUCCCAAUCACCGCCCCCGCCCCACUUCCCAGCACCGCCCGCCGGCCUCGUCCCCAGAACCACGGCCCUUGCUCCGCCCCCAGCUCCGCCCCUUAGAAUCCCCCACCUCGCGUUCUCCCCAGUAUCGCCACUCUCACCGCCCCCAGCACAGCCUCCCACAACCGCCCCGAAUGCACCUGCUCCUGCACCAACCCCAGCAUCUCUUCCUCCCACCGCCCCACUCCUUGAGCGUCCUCCAGCACCGCCGGCCCCGCGUUCUCCCAGUACAGCCCCCGGCGCUUUCCCUCGCACCCCCAACCGCCCCCUCGCACCGCCCCCAGCACCGCCCCCCGCGCUCUCCCAGCACCGCCCUCAGCACCGCCCUCAGCACCACCCCAGCACCGCCCCCUCGCACCGCCCCCACACCAUCGCAGCUCCGCCCCGUCGCACAGCCCUCCAGCGGGGCAGGGCCGGGUGUGGGCGGGAUGAGAAACGCAGGGCCUAUAGGCUGAACCCGGGUCCCCUCGGUCCCGCCCUGACCUGCGCCCCGCGUGCCUGCGCUAGCCGGGAGCCUGAGGGCCCGCCGCAUCUAGUACCAGGCGAGGCGGGGAACCUGGGGGGUCACUCGUCUCUGGCGGCUCCGCUGCAAGACUCGGUCCCGAUGGCGGAGGCGGUGGCGCUCAGGGACCCGGCGCAGGGCUGUGUGACCUUUGAGGACGUGACCAUUUACUUCUCCCAGGAGGAAUGGGGGCUCCUUGAUGAGGCUCAGAGACUCCUGUACUGCGAUGUGAUGCUGGAGAACUUUGCACUUGUAGCCUCGCUGGGACUUACAUCUUUCAGGUCUCACAUAGUUGCCCGGCUGGAGAUGGGAGCAGAGCCAUGGGUACCUGACAGAGUGGACAUGACUUCCGCCAUGGCAAGAGGGGUGUACAGUGGGUCUGGCUCUGAUUUUUGCUCUGGAACGGGUGGUGAGCAUAGCGCAUCAGUAGAAGGAGUGCCACAUGACCGGAAUCUCAGUAGUUCUGAGCAGGACUACUCCUGUGACAUGUGUGGCCUACACUUGAAAGACAUUUUGGCCCUGGCUGAACAUCGUGCAGCACAUCCCAGGCAGAAGCCAUACGUCUGUGAGGCAUAUAGGAGGGAGUUCAAUUCUAAUGCAAACGAUUACCAGCAUCAGAUGCAGCAGAAUGUAGACACACCUAUCAGAAGGGAGGAGGACAGGGCCUCACUCAUGAAGAGCUGCAGAGAUGACGCAUCAAAGAAACCUUGCACAGUCAGGGAGGGUGGAAAGGACUUUGUGGACGGGAAGGCCAGAUCCGGCUUUCUGCAGCAUCAGGUCACUCACAGAGUGGAGGAACCACCCCAGGACACUGGCGUGGGGGAUAGUCACACUGUGCAAAGCCAUAACAAGUGCAGUGAGUCUAGGAACGCUUUCGGUGACAAACCCACGCUUGCUCAGCACCAGACAACGCACACUGGAGAAAGGCCUUAUGAGUGCAACAAAUGUGGGAUAUUCUUUAGCCAUGCCUCUGGCCUCUUUCAACACCAGAGAGAUCACAAUAGAGGAAAGCCUUAUGAGUGCCGGGAAUGUGGGAAGUUCUUCAGUCAACACUCCAGUCUCGUUAAACAUCAGAGAGUUCACACCGGAGAAAGCCCCCAUGUGUGCAGCGAAUGUGGGAAACUCUUUAGCCAAAGCUCCAACCUCAUUCAACAUAAGAGAGUUCACACUGGAGAGAAGCCUUAUGAGUGCAGCGAAUGUGGGAAAUUCUUCAGCCUGCGCUCCAGCCUCAUUCAUCAUAAGAGGGUUCAUACUGGCAGAAGUGCUCAUGAGUGUAACGAGUGUGGGAAAUCUUUCAACUGCAACUCCAGCCUCAUUAAACAUUGGAGGGUUCACACUGGAGAAAGACCUUAUAAGUGCAAUGAAUGUGGGAAAUUUUUCAGCCACAUUGCCAGUCUUAUCCAACAUCAGAUAGUCCACACUGGUGAACGGCCUUACGGGUGCAGUGAAUGUGGGAAAGCCUUCAGCCGAAGCUCUGACCUCAUGAAGCAUCAAAGAGUUCACACUGGGGAACGGCCUUAUGAGUGCAGUGAAUGUGGGAAAUUGUUUAGCCAGAGCUCUAGCCUUAGUAGCCAUAGGAGACUUCAUACUGGCGAACGGCCUUAUCAGUGCCCCGAAUGUGGGAAAUUCUUUAACCAAAGCUCCAGCCUCAAUAACCAUCGGAGACUUCACACCGGUGAGAGGCCUUAUGAGUGCCUUGAAUGUGGGAAAACCUUCAGGCAAAGGUCUAAUCUGAGGCAGCACCAGAAGGUUCACAAACCAGACCGGCCGUAUAAGUGCAGUGAAUGUGGAAAAGCCUUCAGCCAGAGGCCUACCCUUGUCCGGCAUCAAAAAAUUCACAUUAGAAAAAGGAGUGCAGAGAAUGUGCUUCCACCUCCAGCAAAGCCAUGUGCAUUGUCGAUAAGUCUUGAAGGCAGAGGCUGAACCUUGUUCAUCCCAAUGUUCACACUGGGCAGAUUCCCUGUGAAUGCUAGUUAUGUUGGAAGGUUUCUGGAACAAAGUUGCAUUUUCUCACCAUGGACUUUACUAGACUUUGUCACUGUGAGUAUUUGUGGUAGAAGCCAUUUCAGCUCUCUCCAUUGACCGGUCUCCAAGAGUGUGUCUCAACCAGUCCCUGUGUUCAGACCUCAUCUUGUUCCAAGAGGGAAUCCUGGGUAGCCUGAGGCCAAAGGAAGAUGUCAUUCCCUCCCUCUGUGACUAGUGUAGCUAUGGACAUGACCCAUCUUUGACCAGGAAGACCUGAGCUAUGUUCUGCUGCAGCUUGCAGAAGGCUUCCCUGUUUUCAAGGACGUGGUUGAUCUCCGUGAUGCUCAUGAUGGAUUUAUCCAUACUUCACAUUACCCAUCCCAACAACUACCUAGUUUUCAUUGCCU